AUGUCUUCCAACGGCAAGGACAACAAGAAGUGGGAUGAUUCCGCCGAGAAGGAUCUUGCCAUGGCUAUUAUUCUCAGCCAGAAUGAGGGCAGGAUAAAGGCGGACUGGAACAAGGUUCACGAGUCCAUGAGCGACUGGGGCUAUGGCUUCACCAAGGACGCCAUGAACCAACACUGGUCCAAGAGAAUCUUGAGGUCCUUCAAGGAGCGACGCAGCAUGCCCGCCGACGGGGACAAAUCCACCCCUGUCAAGACCACCACUCCAAACACGCCUCGGAAGAGCACAGGCAUGGGUUCCGCGAAGAAGACCAAGAAGAUCAAGGACGAGGAGGAAGCGAUGGAUGACGAAACGCCUAGCAAGAAGCGCAAGCGACAAGUCAAGGUCGAAGAGCCGAAGACUGAGGACCCCGAAGCCACUGAUGAAGCGGAGGAGCUCACAUCGGGCACGGACGGUGCCAAGUUCAAGGAGUGGCUCAGUGGUUUCACUGCCUAG